GCACGAUGUUCACAUUCUCAACUGGCCGUGCGUCGAACCAGCGGGGAAGUACAGUACUGUAAGACUCGCAUAUAAGUGCAACCAGCCGCGCAAAAGGCGUUGUUUUCCUUGUACAUACGAUACGCUCGCUGAUCGAAGGCUCAAACCCUGCUCUUAGGGCAGGAUGCAGACCAGCCUCUGCACGCGGCGGCUCGCAUCUUUUCCCAUUUCUCGAUGCAUGAUCACAUUUGUCACGGUGCAUUCACUUGCAUGUUUGUCUAUGCCAUGGGUAUUCGGUGCCCCAUCCUCCUUCAAGUCUAUAAAACGAAGUCAUUGAGCCACCGUCCUUAUCACAAUGAAGAACAAAGAACAGCAUCAUCAUCAAGCUUCUCUUCUCCGCUAAGAUUCUCCAAAGCCAACCCUCCACGAUGAAAAUCAGUCUGAUCUGGCUCCUGAGCCUCUUCCUGGCCGUCCAUGCUGCAAUCAAUUCACCUAUUGAGCCAUCGCUAUCCCUCAACACAAGAGACCGCAAUGAACCCGAAGCUCAUCGCCUUCUUCCACGAGCUGACGCGGUGCAUGACGAGAACGAGGAGGUGGACAACACUGUGAUAGGGGAGGGGUGGUAGUACC